AUGGAGAGGUUUUUUAAAUCUAUACCAAAAAGUAUUGAAGCAAGAACGAGUUCAACGUCUAAUGCAAGUACUAUUGCACAAAAGAAAAGCCGUGUUGAGUUUGAUCCAAGUGAUAUUAUCGCUGACCCAGGGCUUCGAAAACCAAUUGAAGAAUAUGACACAGGAAUAAGAGAUCAAGUAAGGAGAGAGUAUUUGUUGAUGGGUCCAUGUCAACCAGUUGGUCACAAUUUUCCUAGAAAACAACAAGGAAAAGAUUUGAGAAGCUUUAAAGAAGUGUGGUUUCAGAAAUUUGAUUGGUUGGAAUAUAGUGUGGAGAAAGAUGCAGCUUAUUGUUUCUAUUGUUAUCUUUUUAAGCAGUCAAGGGGAGAUAAACUUGGGAUUGAUGCCUUCACAAAGACAGGGUUUUGCAAUUGGAAGAAGGCCAUGGAAGUUUUCACUGAGCAUGUUGGUGGAGUUAAUAGCAACCACAACAAUGCAAGGCGACAUUGUGAGGAUUUCAAAAAUCAGAGGCAAAGCGUGUCGCACAUAUUCUCUUCUCAUAACAGAGAGAUGGAGAUUGCAUAUAGAGCUCGUGUCACUGCUGUUUUACGUGUUGUUAGAUUUCUUAUGUUGCAAGGUCUUACUUUUCGUGGGCAUGAUGAAUCUUCUAGUUCCACAAAUAGGGGUAACUUUCUAGAGAUGCUGAAUUGGUAUGGGACAGAAGUUGAAAGUGUUGGUCGUGUGAUUAAUGAAAAUGCUCCUGGAAAUAAUCAAAUGACUUCUCCACAAAUACAGAAAGAGUUAGUAAGGGCUUGUGCAGAAGAGACCACACGUGCCAUUAUUGAUGAGAUUGGAGAUAGUCAUUUCUCUAUACUUCUUGAUGAGUCUCGUGACAAAUCAAUAAAAGAGCAAAUGGCUGUGAUUGUGAGGUUUGUAAACAAGCAAGGCCAAGUAAUUGAAAGAUUUCUUGCUGUUGAACAUGUUGCCGAUACUUCAGUCUCUUCAUUAAAGACAGCUUUGGAUGGAUUGUUUACCCGUUGUGGUCUAUCUAUUUCUAGAUUGAGAGGGCAGGGGUAUGAUGGAGCCUCUAAUAUGAAAGGGCAAUUUAAUGGGUUGAAGACAUUAAUUUUGAAUGAAAAUCCAUUUGCUUUUUAUGUUCAUUGCUUUGCCCACCAAUUGCAGUUGGUUGUUGUUUCUGUUGCUAAAGGCAUUUUGGCUAUUAGUGAUUUAUUCAACUAUGUCACUAUGAUUGUGAACAUUGUGGGGGCUUCUUGA